AUUUACAAAGCUAUCAACGCGGUUGAAGCAUGACAUCGGGUCAGGUCAAUCGUAGGGUUAAGGAGGAGCUGCCCGUUUCAAUCUUUCAGAAGCAUUUCAAAUUCACUGAAACAAUGGAGCCCCCGCCACUGAAGCUCGUAAUGCUCCGAGGCCCUCGCGAGGGCGAAACGUUAGAAUUCCGACCCUGUUCCACCGUCCGAAUCGGCCGUCUCGUCCGGGGCAACACCAUCCCCAUCAAGGAGGUUGGCAUUUCCUCCAAGCACCUCUCCAUUGAGUCAUCCUCUUCUGGGUCAGGCAAAUGGAUCCUUCGCGAUCUUCACUCCUCCAACGGCACCCUCCUCAACGCCACCAAGAUCCUCCCAGACACUCCCUAUGAUCUCCGCGAUGCCGACUCCAUCAAGAUCGGCGAGUACACCUCCAUCUUAGUCAAGAUUGACGGCCACGAUGAGAGCCAACUGAGACGGAACCCCAGGCGCCGGGCCGCCGAGAAAGACAAGGCGGAACCGAUGGCAGAGAAUCAGGGCCCGAGGGUAAAGGCUUCUAUAGAGAGCGAAGCUAAAUGUGAUGAGAAAGGUGAGGACUUGGAGACUGGGAAUAGAAGGAAGGGUCGGCCGAGGAAAGCUAGGGUUAUGAAGAGCGAAGACGUUGCUCAGGAACUUGGUUAUCAGGAGCCUGAGAAUGUGGGACCCGUGGAAGAGAAACCGUUACGGAAAACAAGUACAAGGCGCACACGGAGUGCAAAGAUCAAGGAAUCUGGGCCUUUAGAACCGGUUCUCGAGAAGAUCCCAGAGAAUUUGAGUGGAGAAGUGGAGGUUAAGGGUAAGAAGAACCGAGUCGGGGCGAGAAGAAGGAAGAAUUUAUGCGAAGAGUCAUUGAAUUUCGUUCGAGUUGAUGCUUCGGAGAAUAAGGGAAACGUGGAAGAGACAAAUUUCGAAGAAAACAUUAUAACCGAUGUUGACAAAGGUGCUCCGAGUAGAGUUGAUGCUUCAGAGAAUAAGGAGAAUGUGGAGGAAACGAAUUCCGAAGAAAAUGAUAGACUGGAUGUCAAUAAAGGCGCGGCGACCGGAGUUGAUGAUAAGGUGGAACGGGGGGCUAGUUCUGGUGUCAAAGAGGAGGAGGGGCUGGAUUUGGAGAAGAUGACGCUUGGGGACUGGUUCGAUUAUUUGGAGGUGCAUUUGCCAAAACAGAUAAUUGAUGCGACCGAGGAGAUGAUUGACGGUAUGAGACAGAAAGCUAAGCAAGUUCGUGAGUAUAUGGUGGAGCAGAGGACUGAGAGGGGUAAAGAGCCAGUGCGAUAGACCACUCCUCAGUUUAUGUGGUAAAUUGAUAGUUCAAUCGGCUUCAUCUUUUAAAUGUAUGUUGCGCAAUAUCUGCAAAUGUGUUUAUUUGUCCUUGAGCUAUGCAUUUCGCAAUUAACAAUUUGGAUCAUAAAAUAUAUUUAGUUGAUAAUCUUCUCUUGGAGUCAA